AUGGGGUUAUGGGUCACUGGUUACACAUGUAGAGGCUGCACAGGUAAACAGGAUAUAUUUACACAUAUCAUGUCCGGAUGAUUCUCCAUGAUCAGGUAUAAGCAUUAACCUGAGCUUACCCUCCCCUCUCUCUGUCUGUCUGUCUGUGUGUAUAGCUGAGGGCAAUGGUGUGAUCAUCGUGGUCAUCAUCAUCUGUAUCCUCCUGCUGGCCAUCCUGGGCAGUGUGCUCUACUUCCUCCACAAGAAGGGCAAGAUCCCCUGUGGCCGCUCUGGCAAGCAGGAGAUGUGAGUAUUCUACUUCAACAACUGGUCUAGGGCCAGGUUUUGUGUCUGGUUCUAUAAGGUGGGUGCUACACAUUGGUAGUGGAUGAGGGUAAAUUACAAUGUAAAGCACUCUGAGCGCUUGAAAAAGUGUUAUCUAAAUGUAUUCCAUAUGUUCAUCUAUAAAUUAGUAUUUCUGCCUCCAAGAAUGUGAUACUGUCCUCACUGGAGAGGAAUAUUGAGAGUAAACUGAGUUUGUGCUCUCUAUCCACAGCACCAAGGAGAACCCUAACAAAGAUGGCAUUGUGGUGGAGAUGAAGACUGACACCAAGACCGAAGAGGCUGUUCUUCUGAAGGGCGUUAACGGUGACAAGAAUGGCCCCAGCGGCCAGGUAACUAUGAAUAUGAAAGCUAUACGCUAA